GGCUACUUCUGCUCCUGCUUCCGUCUCUCGUCUUUGCUCAAGACCCUCCGGGAACAUGGCAGCAACCAUACGCAAUACCUGUAGAUGCAGAGAAAGUUUCCUUCCUAGGCUACGAUUCCCUUUCCACGGAAUUACGCGUCUCUAUGUGGGAAGAAAUGGUCGUACCUUUCAAACUGGUUGAACUAAAUUAUCAUGGAGCUGAAGCUGACAUCAAAAUCACCAACUCCGGUCAAACUGGUGCUCUGCUUCUUUAUGAAGGUGGCAAACACUUCAUUGUGAUCAACAACAAAAUGGACUACGAGGUCGUGGCCCACCGGACAUCCAUGGUGUACUUAUCAAUCGGAAAUUCCCAAGUCUUCUUAGCAAUCGAUCUUAUCAACAUCCUGGACAACGCGCCUGUUAUGUCUAGCGCCGGUCCCUGUUCCGUGGAUGAAGGUUUGGAGAACUACUUGUCCAACUGUGAGUACAUAGUGUUUCACGCGGAUGGAUUCGUCACAAAUGGAAUACUGGGGAAUGACACCAACGCGGUGGGGUUUGACCUACCCGAAACUAACGCGGAACUGUUCAAGUUUGAAGAAGUGGUUGGUGGAGGUGACAACAACAACAAGAAGUUUAAACUGAAAGUUCUCAAAAAGCUUGACUACACGCAGAAUGCCGUGUACAGCUUCCAGGUUAAGGUCUCCGACCUAAAUCGAACGCACGAAGCCUCCCAGAACAUAGUGGUUCAGGUGAUUAACGUUGAAAGCCGCGAUCCUGUAUUCACAAGACCGUUCACGACGCAGCGCAUAGAUGAAAAAUCGCCGUACUCAACGAUUGUGCAAGCUAUCGACGGUGACACUGGCCUUGGUAGACCAAUAUGUUACGAAAUAGUGACCGAACAGGAAAAGUAUGCGGAAUACUUCAGUAUUGGCAGGGAGACGGGCGAACUGAAUGUAAAACCGAUCAAUCGAGAUCACGAGCAGAACGAGUUCUAUCAAUUCACGAUUUGGGCCUACAAGUGCCACAACCGCGAAUUCAACGAGAGCAAUGUUGGAGCUAUCAUCUUGAACGAUUUGAACGAUAGCCCACCCGUUUUCUCCGUUGAACCGAACCAACUAAAGUUCUGGGAGAACACCCCGAUGGAGCUGGAUUUUGAGCAGUUCACGAUUGACGACCUCGAUCUGGGUCCUCACGCAACCUAUAGCGUGGACCUACAGGAACGGGUGUCCAACGAGCUGCUGGAGGACGUCAGCUCGUUCAGCAUUACUCCCCGAAGUGGAUACCAGCGGGUUGACUUCACGUUAACCGUGGUAAAUCCCGCGGAACUCGACUACGAAGUAGAUGCUCGUCAAAAGUUUGAACUGCUCAUCACCGCCAAGGAGGAGGUGCACACGACCGUGCAGGUGCUGAACAUCGAGCUGCUCAACUGGAACGACGAGGUUCCGCAGUUCGAGCAAGAUACCUACAGGAUAAGCUGCAGGGAAACUGUCGGCGAAGGGUAUCCACUAGUGACGGUUCACGUGACCGAUCGUGACAUCGAGGACAGCGUUGAACUUGAAAUUCUCAGUAACAUUCGACGAGAUCUGAACGUAACCGAGCUUGAAAGUACAGUGGACAAGCAGUACAGCUUUCUUAUCAGCACCAAUCGGAACGAUGUGUUCGACUGGGACAUCGCCAGCGAGGUGGUAGUGCAGCUGCAAGCUUCCGAUACGUUGCAAACCGAGAAAAACGAACCAAUUCAUCAAGUGUUUGCACAACUAAUCAUCACCGUGCUAGACGUCAAUAACAAACCACCAUCAAUAGUGUUGCCUCGUGGAAGUAUAAACAUCGAAGAAAACUCCGCACCCGGAACUGUGGUCAGCAUUGCUGGUGAAGACGCAACCGUAAUCGGUACCGACCCGGACUCUAGCGCUGAACUGGUGUUCAGCAUAGACUGGGAGAAUAGUUACGCGGUUAAAACCGGAGCGACUGUCUCAUCUGCGGUCUUCGAGGGUUGUCUCGUCUUUCAAGUAGAUCGGACAAAUCCAAACCAUGUCGUGGGGAAACUGGUGGUAAAUCCGGACUUUGAUCAGACCACGAUCCACCAGAAGCUUGACUACGAAGCGUAUGAAACGCUGUUCCUGAACAUCAAGCUAGAGGAUAAGAAGCAGGAGAUUCCUCCUGGUGAUACCGAAACGUUGCUGGUCAUCCAGAUUGAUGACGUGAAUGAUAAUGCUCCAGAAUUCGUUGACAGCACGCUCACUGACGAGCGCUUCGUGCUGGAAGAGGCUACAGCAGGUUCGAUCGUUGGAACGAUCGCCGCAAUCGAUAAGGAUGGACCAUUGUACAACAAAAUUACGUACUCACUGAGGGCUACCAACCCCAAUCAUGAAGGGUGGAUAUCAAUCGACCCCCUUAGCGGACUUUUGUCGGUGAUCGCAACCGAAACCAAUCGAAUCAACUGUGACGUUCCGAUAACGGCGGACAUCCCGCUUGACAUCACCAUUACCGAUGGCGAAUUCACUGCAAGUGGGCAGGUCUCGGUCAAGAUCACCGACACCAACAACCAAGAUCCACUAUUUAGUGUACCCGAAGAUCAAAUUAUUCGAAUUUUGGAGAAACCUCCGGUUGAAACCGAGAUCCAACGGCUUAGGGCGAAAGAUCUUGACCGCGACGAACCGUUCCACACGGCGACCUUCGAGCUGGAUUUGCGGACCUACCCUGAGCUGCAACGCUACUUUGACGUAGUUCGAGAGCAAGAAGAGGUAGACGAUCGAAUGAUUAAUAUCGCUUUAGUUCGAGUACGGCCCAACGGGGAGAAGCUAGAUCGUGACGCAGGUCCCGCCCAGCAUCAGAUCAAGGUGAUUGCGAUCGACAACCCCAACAGCUCGGGUCGACGAAAUUCGGACGACACGACGUUUACGCUGGUGCUGUUGGACGUCAACGACAACAGGCCGGAACUUCCGGUGCACGGUGAACUGAAGCUGUCCGAGAAUACCGCCGAAGGGGUCGCGAUCGUGGAUGUUUUCGAGGCUACCGAUCGGGACGAUCGGGAGACACCAAAUGCCAAGAUUAAUUACAGGAUUUUGCAGAUCAGUGCAGCUGACGACAGUUCCCAGGGGUCAACCAUCAACGGCGACGACCCGGCUGCCACCAUUGACACACUGUUCACGGUGGUGCAACGGGACGACUACACUGCACACUUCCGAACCGGCCGGAACCUGAAAGGCUUUUACGGCACGUGGGCGGUGCAAAUUGAGGCCUGUGACCGAGGCGACGAGUACGAGCUGGACCCGAACAGUGUCAAACUGUGCAGCAGUGCCACCUACACGGUCCAGGUGGAAGCUUUCAACUACAUGGCACCGGUUAUAGACGUGCCCGGGGCGGACGAACGCAUCCGGUUGAGAUUUGGCGAGCAGAGCAACGGGCAGCCCUUGGUUAACACGCAGGGGACCAUAAUUCCGAACUUCAGCGCCACCGAUACGGACGGAGGCCUGUACGGCGAGGUGACUUUUUCACUGCAGGGUCGGGACGAGAACGCCCAGGACCAUACGUACUUCCAGCUUAUCCGGGUUGAUCGACACCACGUCCGACUUGUCGUGCCCAAUGUGGACGCUAUCGAGGUCAGGUCAUAUCAGGUCACGGUGCUCGCCAGAGACGGUGGCGGCCGGGAGGCCACGUCAGUCAACGUGGUAAUCGCCUUCAUCAACAUGACCGGCGACCCGGAGUUCCCCGAGGAGAGUUCACCCUUCGAAACGGAUUUCACCGAAAAUGAGGAAGGCCUCGAGGAGGAACGAGAAAUCCCACAAGCAUUUGAUCCCAAAAAUGCCGAACUUCCUCCGGAGGAGCAAGAGGGCGUAUUUUAUUUCAUCGACCAAAACUACGGUACCUCCAGCCAUUUGUUCAGCCUGGAAGGUCGCAUCCUUCGCCUCACGAAGAUGAUUGACCGCGAGGAGUUCGCGGAGCACACGAUCAGCGUUAUCGCCACCAACAACGAAGCUGGUCCGGCGGGUCCAGUUCCGGCCAACUCGCGAGCACGACUCAUCGUUCACGUCAAGGUGAACGAUGUGAACGACAACCCACCUAAAUUUAAAGCUGAAUCGUACUCGGCCGGUAUCACGUCGAACGAUUACCCGGGCAAGGUGUUGUUUUACGUGAUCGCUGAAGAUCCGGACGAGGACGACGUCAUUAGCUACACCAUCGAAGCGGACUCGCUGGAGACGCAGGGUGAGAACCUGCCGACGGCACCGUUCCCGUUUGCUCUGGAGCGGAACAGUGGCCGGUUGACGCUGGCAGUCCAGAUGACCGAACGAAUGAAGGGUUUCUUCACGUUCAAUGUGGUGGCCACGGAUUUGGUUGAUCACACGGAUAAGGUACAGGCCAAAAUUUUCAUAAUUGCUGAAUCGAACCGAGUAAAGUUCGUGUUCCUGAACAAACUGGACGACAUUGAUACUCCAGAAAUAAGAGAUUUCCUCGAGCAAGAGUUCACCGAUCACUACGGCAUGCAGUGCCGCAUUGAUGACGUGGUUCAGGGCAGUCUGGAUAGCGGAACGUCUGGCACCCGUGUCGGCGAACACCUGGUCACCGACGUGAGGGCCCAUUUCAUGAGAGACAAUGAAGCGGUCGAGGCGGUCGUUAUUCAGCAGCGCUCCAACGAUCGAGUCUUUGUUACGAACCUCAAAACUGCGCUUUCCACGAGGAACCUACUCCUGCAGGACGUCCCCGUCAGCAGUGCCGCUGCUAUCGAAGAGAACCAAGAACUGCUGCAGAUCAUACUGAUUGUGGUUGCGUCCGCGCUCGGCGUCGUCUGUGUCAUUCUGUUGGUUGCGUUCUGCAUCAAGAUACGCAGCCUAAAGCGUGAGCUAAAGGCACUGUCGGCGACCGAUUUCGGUUCGAUUGCGUCCGACAUCAACGGAGGCCGGAAGGUGCCGACGACCAAUCUAUUUUCGAUCGAGGGUUCCAAUCCGGUGCUGAACGACUCCGAGUUCCCCAAAGGGGCGUUCGACGAUGUAAGCGUGCAGUCGUACGAAUCGGACUUCCUAGGGAUCGAUAACGACAUGUUUGCGAACAACCGAAAGGACAGCAUCAACCCUGCACUGAUGGAGCACAUCCGGCAGCGCUCGUUGAACCCUUUGGUUCACAGUGCCACCGAAGACAAGGUGCCGGAUAAGGCUCCGGUGUUGAUCUUGGGGACCGACCAGGAUUCCAGCACCGAUAACGCGGACGAACUGAAGCACAAGUUCUGAUCGGAUUUUGAUUCGCAUUUUCUGUCACACUCAUGCCCUCCAUUUUCAUCUCAGGAUUUAAGUAAAUACUAUUAUAUUAAAUAUUAUUGAAUGUUUAGAAAACUUA